AAAUUUAUUUUCAGAAUCUCCCGCCCAAAAAAAAGAAAAAAGACUUAGAUAGUAAUACAUUCCAUUAAGCAUUCGCGCCGCGAUUUCUCCGGUCGCCGCAAAGGUCAAUUCCACCGCCGCAGCAGCUCGAAAAAAGCAUCUCCGAUGGAGAGCGGAAUGAUAUCGGUCGACAGAUGGACGGCCGGCAGCCAGGCAUACUUCCUGACCCACCUCCACGCCGACCACACCGCCGGACUCUCCGGCGCCUGGCGGCACGGCCCGCUCUUUUGCUCCCGCCUCACGGCCAAGCUUAUCCCCUGCAAGUUCCCGGGCUUCGAUCUCUCCCUCCUCCGCAUCGUCGACAUCGGCAGCUGGCAUUCGCUCUCCCUCACCUCCCCUUCGUCUGGCUCCCGCGUCGAUUUCGCGUUCAAGGCGAUUGAUGCUCAGCAUUGUCCAGGUUCAGUUAUGUACUUGUUUCGUGGUGAAUCUGGCUGUACGCUUCACACUGGGGAUUUUCGAUGGGAAACGAGUAGUUUAAGCACCGAAAAUGGAAGGGCUGUGUUGCUUGAUGCUCUCAAGGAUCAGACACUCGAUACCCUUUAUCUGGAUAACACUUACUGCAACCCAGAUUACUCGUUUCCUCCUCGUGAAGUUGCUGCCAAACAGAUUGUUGAGAUUAUCACUUCUCAUCCAAACGAUGAUAUAGUUAUUCCAAUAUACUCAUUGGGUAAGGAAGACCUUCUGCUCUAUAUAUCACAAGCACUGAACAUGAAGAUUUGGGUAUGGCCAGAACGAUUACAGAUUAUGCAUCUCCUUGGAUUUCACGAAAAUUUCACGACCCAGACUUCUCUUACUAGAGUUCGUGCCAUCCCUCAUUACAGUUUUAGCAGUGACACUCUUAAAGAGCUGAAUGAAUUCCACGGCCCAACAAUAGGUAUUAUGCCAUCUGGCAUGCCGUGGUCUGUGGCCUGGAAAGAUGGAAAUAUGUCUGGCGGUUCUGCAUCUCACGUAAAGAAAAAAGAGUGCAGCAGGAAUACCGGAAGUUUGGGUCGUAAUUUAGAAAGUGCUACAAAAUACUAUGAAGUUCCUUAUUCUACUCACUCAUGCUAUUCUGAGAUACAAGAAUUCAUUGAGCUUCUCCGGCCUGUUAAUAUCAAAGGCAUUGUGUCUUCGAGAUCAUGUUACAUUGACCCUCGUUACUACUUUGGACACCUUUGUGGACCUGAGCAAGCACUCUGGAGGGUACAGCAGAAACUUGACUAUGAGGAAGGUUUAAGGAGAGCUGAAGUUGCUGACAUAAAACCUGUAACAGAAUAUGUAACCCCUGUGGCAGGAAGGAAAAGGAAGAAUGAUCACAUUGAGUUUUUUGGUAUACGCAUAAGUAGGGUAAGCUUGUUGAGGAGGUUGAGCCGUGGAGUUAGAAUUACAGAAUCGGAGUCUCUUCCUGAAUGACUAGAAAUCAUGGCAGUGUAUAUCCACUUAAGAUGUUUAGGAGGAAUGGUAAAUAUAGCUGUGUAAUCAGUUGUAAUUAAAUGACCAUUUUAAUCUAGUUAUGCAGUUGAUUGAAUAACAUAUUUACAGUACAA